UCUUCCGGUCUGAGUCUUCCUCUUUUCCUCUGCAUCGGGGCGCAGCCAUGGUGAACGUCCCGAAGACCCGCAGGACCUACUGCAAGAAGUGCAAGAAGCACCAGCCCCACAAAGUUACCCAGUACAAGAAGGGAAAGGACUCCCUCUACGCCCAGGGUAAGAGGAGAUACGACAGAAAGCAGAGCGGGUAUGGUGGUCAGACCAAGCCUAUUUUCAGAAAGAAGGCUAAAACUACAAAGAAGAUUGUGUUGAGGCUGGAGUGUGUGGAGCCCAACUGCAGAUCCAAGAGAAUGCUGGCCAUCAAGAGAUGCAAGCACUUCGAGUUGGGCGGUGACAAGAAGAGAAAGGGCCAGGUCAUCCAGUUCUAAACUGUGGGCCAGCUUUCUGGAGGCGGUUGUCACUAUUUUCAAUAAAUGUAUUAAAACAAAC